AUGAGAAUCGAAAGAACUUCAUCGAAAAUGAGUAUUGUACAAAAGAUUAAGGAAAUUGAGGACGAGAUGGCUCGUACCCAAAAGAAUAAGGCUACAUCUUUUCAUUUGGGUGUCUUGAAGGCAAAGUUGGCUAAAUAUAAACGUGAGUUAUUGUUGGGACCAUCAAAGGGAGCUGCUGCCGGUGCAGGUGAAGGUUUCGAUGUAUCGAAAGCUGGUGAUGCUCGUGUCGGUUUGAUUGGUUUCCCGUCGGUCGGUAAGUCAACACUCUUGACCAAACUCACAGGAACCCGUUCAGAGGUUGCAUCGUACGAGUUCACUACGCUCACUUGUAUUCCCGGUGUCAUCCAGUACAACGGUGCCAAGAUCCAGUUGCUCGAUCUCCCGGGUAUCAUCGAAGGUGCCAAAGACGGAAAGGGUCGUGGUCGUCAGGUUAUCGCCGUCGGUCGUACCUGCAACUUGAUCUUGAUCGUGCUCGACGCCAUGAAACCGUUGGUUCACAAGAAGAUUAUCGAGCGUGAGCUCGAGGGAUUCGGUAUCCGUUUGAAUCGUCAGCCACCCAAUCUCACAUUCCGUCGUAAGGAGAAGGGUGGAAUCAACUUUACAUCCACUGUCACCACAACCAAUCUCGAUCUCGAUCUGGUCAAGGCUAUCUGCGCAGAGUACAAGAUUCACAACGCCGAUAUCACACUGCGUUACGACGCAACCGCCGACGAUCUCAUCGACGUCAUCGAAGGAAACAGAGUCUACGUACCAUGUCUAUAUGUUCUCAACAAGAUCGACGGUAUCUCCAUUGAGGAACUCGAUUUGCUCGAUCGUAUUCCUCAUUACGUACCAAUCUCAUCCCAUUUAGAGUGGAAUCUCGAUAGCUUAUUAGAAAAGAUUUGGGAAUAUUUGAAUUUAAUUAGAAUUUACACUAAACCAAAGGGACAAAUUCCAGAUUAUAAUGCACCAGUUGUAAUCAGAGGAGGUGAUUCAUCAACAGUCGAAAACUUCUGUAAUCUUAUUCACAGAACUAUCAUGAAACAAUUUAAAUAUGCUAUGGUUUGGGGAUCAUCUGUAAAGCAUAAUCCACAAAGAGUCGGUAAAGAUCAUACACUUGCUGAUGAAGAUAUCGUACAAGUUGUUAAGAAAUAA